AUGGAUUUCCUCAAUUUCACCGAAGGAGUGUUUGCUACAAGCAGUGAGGGAAAUUACUCACUGGAUACCAAUAAACUCCCUCCAAGUAAGACCCUGCUCACGCUGACCCUGUCUGUACUGGCCAUCCUGACGACAUUCUUCAACUGCCUGGUGAUCACAGCUAUCGCAGUGACCCGCAAGUUGCACCACCCCGCCAACUACCUCAUCUGCUCAUUAGCAGUGACCGACCUGCUGGUGGCGGUGCUGGUCAUGCCCUUCAGCAUCGUCUACAUCCAGAAAGAGAGCUGGGUCAUGGGCCAGGUGUUCUGUACCAUCUGGCUGAGUGUGGAUAUCACCUGCUGCACAUGCUCCAUCCUGCACCUUGCUGCGAUCGCCAUCGACCGCUACCGGGCCAUCACUGAUGCAGUUGAGUACUCUCGCAAACGCACAGGGGCCAGGGCUGGCGCGAUGGUAGCAUUUGUGUGGUUUUUGUCCAUCCUAAUCUCACUUCCUCCUCUACUGUGGCGGUACUACAGCGGGGACGCAGACUACGUAGACCAGUGCAUCAUCGUCCACCAUCACAUGGCUUUCACCUUGUACUCCACCCUUGGAGCUUUUUACAUCCCCCUGCUGCUCAUCCUCAUCCUCUACUACAAAAUCUACCGGGCCGCACAGACCCUCUAUAUGCGCAGAGAGGCCAGCCGAGCCAGCCGUCACUCAUGCAUGACCAAUGGGAGCAUGAUCCCCUCAACCUACCCUGCUGGAGAUGGUCAGGUUGAUGAGGGGCCUCGGAGUCCAGUGCCAAUAAAUCCACCGGAGAAGUCUACCUCUGAACCCUCAACCGAGGAACCGCCGCGUGAUCGGAGGCGUGCUUCGUCGAAGGCUUUCCGCUCCAAGUCACGCCGACAAGAUUCGCGCAGUGAGUCACGUCGAAGCCAGUUUUACUCAGGACCGCGGAUAUCUGGCUCACGGGAGCGCAAAGCGGCUUCCACAUUGGGGUUGAUAAUAGGGGCCUUUGUCAUCUGCUGGUUGCCAUUUUUUGUCAAGGAGGUCAUCGUCAACACCUGCAGUGCUUGCAGUACGUCAAUGGAGAUGGCCGACUUUCUGACGUGGUUGGGCUAUCUCAACUCGCUGAUCAACCCCCUCAUCUACACCAUCUUUAAUGAAGACUUCAAAAAAGCUUUCCAAAGACUUGUUAGGUGCAGUCAUUACCUCUGAUGGUUAAAAUGGUACACAGUGAUGCCCAUACACCAUCUUCACAACUCUGGGAAGAUAUAGACUAACUAGCUGGGGGCCAGAGAAUAAUGACUGAUGAGUAUUGACUUGAAUGCGCCUGAGAGGGAAUAACCUCAGAAAAUAACGACUUCCAGACACUGCACCGGGAAUCUGGACCGCCUCAGUGGCACUUGCUCAGCAAUGAGCUCCGCAGCAAGGCUCUGCAUUGAAAUCCACGCCACGCUAUUAAUAGAACAACCUGAGAGCCCCUUGAUGUUAACUGGUGUGCAUUUGUGAAGGGACACCGACAUGUUGGAUUUUUUUUUUUAAAUGGGCCAUUGCUGACCUUUUGAGGUCUUUGUUCGGUGAUCAGCUCCAUGCAAAGGUCUUCAAAUAGCUCACCCAUUAUGUCCAUUCCAUCUAAUGGCCUCCCUUGUAUCUGCUGGCUGAAAUAAUUGUGUGGAAUACCUCAGCAGACCAGUUCGGGAUUUUUUCUGUGGCCAUGUUGUUGUUGAGGGAGGGGGAGGGGGGAGGUUUACCUGACUGACCUUCACAGUGAUCAUUGAAAGAGACAGCCAUUGAAUGUGGUGCGUAUCCAGCCUCACAAAACAUUCCAAGAAAUACUGGAUAGAUUAUAUUAGUCUUUGAUUGAUAAUGGGGAUUAUUCUGACAUAAUUUAUUCGACAAUCUAAAAUGGGAAGUUAUCGCUUGCUUUUCGUGAACUUCACAACAACUGGAACUCAUUAAAUGAAGUGAACUGGUUAACUUAGGUUCAGGAGCAGGGCCACGCCUCAACCACACCUGCCACCUGUUCAGCCUGCAUAUACCAGGUCAACCCAUCACGAUUUGUACAUCUCUGAUUCUUCAACAAACCCUUUUCAUCCUCCUUUUUUCAUCCCUACCCUUAUCAUCCUCCUUUUCUCAUCCCUACACUCAUCUUCCUCCUUUCCUCAUGCCUACCCUCAUCCCUUCAUACUCCGUCCCUCAUCCCUUCACUCUCCUUACCUCAUCCCUCCCCUCAGCUUUCAUCCUCGGUCCCUCAUCGCUACCCAUGUCCUCUCUCUCUCAUCCCUUCAUCUCCCUCCCUUCCGCACACUAAGUCAGCCUUUGCCCAGUCACGAGUGCAUCUUCUCAGAACAGCCUUUGAGACGCUUCUUCAUGCCAACCCUUGCAUUCCUCCUUCAUUCAUUUCUCCUCAACAUCCAAUAUAUAAAUUUCAAACCUUUAAGUCAUAUAUUGCUGAGGCGUGGUCCUUACUAGUGAAAUGCUUUAUAUAGAUUCAUAUUUAAGAAUGCCUUAAGUGUGAAGAAAAUGUUUUAUGAUCUCGGACCAAAUCAGUAAUUGAUAAACACUUUACACUUUAACACUAUGAAAGAAAGAAAAACUUGGGGAAGAAUAUAAAAGAUAUUUCACCCCGAACAUAUAACUUUUGGAGAUAUUUUAAAACACAGAGUUACAGCUUAUAUAAAACUCUGCCCCGUAAUUGAUAUUUUUGCACAAAGCCUAAAUUUAUUUUUUGUUAAAGUAUUAUUGAUUUAUUUGUCUUGUAUCCAUUAGGCAAACCAUCUCACCUCUACACCAUAGCCAACAUUUGGUUAAUGAUUGUGGGAACCAAUGGAGGAGAAAUCCUCAUUACAUUACUCCCACUCAAGUACUUGGAAUAGAACUACUAUUUCUUUACUGCCUCCAAGAGGGCACAUGAUGUGUUGAUGGAAAAACAUUGUGGAUGAUUCAAGUGAGAGGGUGUACUGUAUGCCAGGGAGAUAAUACACAGUGUGUACGUGUGUGUCUGUGUGUGUGUGUGUGUUUGUGUGUGUGUGUGUUUGUGUGUCAUUUUUUUAAAUGCAUCUCUAAUGGUAUGCCCAGUAUUUGUAUGCUGUUUCUUUCUUUGUCUCGCUCUGU